CAAAUCAUGGGUGGAUUCUGCUGCAGCCUCUGUACCGAAGAUUUUGAGGAAUAUGUCCAUCCAAGCAACCCUAUCUAUAGGCAGUGCAUAUCCUUGAGGCAUUUUGUCCACAACAUUUUUGGCGGGUAUACUGCAACAUUCCAAAGGCUCGAGUCUAGGCCAAGCAACCCAGCACAAGGGGUUGCUCCGUUGGGAUCCACUAAUCCAAGCGCCAGUAUAACCGACAAUUCCCUGGCUGAAACUUAUCACCUUGUUUCUAGGCCACCCCCAUAUGACGCUGAUCCUAGAUAUGCCCGUGUUCAAAGAGAGGGAUUGGUAUCAAGGCGUGAGAAGUCUAUAAAUCUCACACAAGAAGAGUCACUAGCUCUCAGACGAAAUGGUAGCAGCUCUGCUAUUGAGCAUUUAGCUUCUCAGAAGAAGCGGAGCAGCACUGAAACUGAGGCUGAAUAUAAAGUCCAUCGUUCUGAAUCAACCAAGAGUUUAUCUGCAAAAGCAUAUAGCAGCAGUUAUGCAGUUGUGACUUCGGAAGAUGAGGACGUCUGCCCUACUUGCCUAGAAGAAUACACUGAGGACAAUCCGAAAAUCAUUACUAAAUGCUGUCAUCAUUUUCAUCUUGGCUGUAUUUAUGAAUGGAUGGAGAGAAGUGACAGUUGUCCAAUUUGUGGGAAGGAAAUGGAGUUUUGCGAGAGCCCUUGAGAGUUUUUCAUUUUCACACUUCUCACAUCAGGGCGAGGGAAAUGGUCUACAUUCUACAGUAUGGGAAUAUGGGAUGCUGGAGAAUCUGUAUAUAAUAGUUCUGCGCUGUCCAAAUAUAUCUCUUCCGCGAGAUCAGUUUCUUGCAUGUACUGAAAUUAUGAUCUAUCUUACUUUGUUCUAGAAUUUGCUUGCCCAAUCUCUGGUUGUAUUCACUCGAUUUAAUAGUGAUUGCCUGGUGGUUGCUGUAGCCAA